AUCUUUAAGAUCAAACAUGAAGUACCACUCAACACAGUGUGGACUGCUGACUCUAUGGGGAAAGCCAACAUCGGUGCCCAGAGGUCCUUCAUCUUGGGCUGGCCCACCGUGAACUUCGUGGCCACCUUCAGAUCUCCAGAACAAAAGGAAAUGUGGUACUCUUUCCUUCAAAGGUAUAUCCAUUUGGCCAAAGAGAAGGACCAGCCCAAAAGCAUUUCCCUCGACAUCUUCACUGAGGACAUCAAGAAGUGUACGUCUCCUUUAACUAUAACAGUAAAAACCUCAGACACAGUGAAUGAUGUCAUCAACAUGUCACUACAAGUGCUAGGAGUAACUGGCUCUGAGGAAGAUUACCAGCUGUGGGUCACUUCUGACAAGGAAAAAACCCUAUAUCCACUCAUUGGGCAUGAACAUCCUUACGGAGUUAAAAUGAGCCAUCUCCCUGCUCCGUUCGUGCCCCAGGAACUGCAGGAUGCUAUCUUUCCUUUCAUCCUGAAGCCCAGGCAGCUGGCCAGGAACCAACAAGGGAGAGAUUCCUGCUGGAAGAGAUUCAAAAAGGGUGUUGUCGCACACCUGGCCUGUUGGACGGGCUCUGGCAAUUGACAGGAAAGACCCGACUGGGUAGAACACCACGGCCCAUUGCUCCUCAACGAGUCUUUCAUCUUUACCUGUGGACACACUUUCUAAACGACCUACAUUAUGAUGUACCAACAAUUUUUCCCAAUGCCUGGGUAUUUUCCAACACUUCUGGAUCCUCAUUUCACCCUUUUGCACUAUUCCACGCUCUGGGAGGCUGACCUGCAAAGCCCUUGUACCUUCCCGUGUGUUCAGCCAAUAACACCUAAGUCAGAGUAGUUUUACCACUUGCUCUUUUCCUGCUAGGUUUUGGUGCUGGCUUCCUUCAGGCGGCAACUGGUCUGACAGCUGGAGUAUAUUUUAUACUUUGUUAAAAGGGCCUAGGAAAUAUAUAUUUUUAAUUGUCGAAUAAGAUGAGGAUUAAUGGUAAUUUUAAAAUAAAUCUUAAACAUGACUUUAAAAAGAUUUUGAUUACUGUGUUGAACAAUAUACAUUGACUUUGAAAGAGAUCACAUUAAAGUUUUAUCUGGAGAUUUUUCCCAAAAUAUUUUUUAAAUUUCACUUUUUCCAGAUAAUACUGAAUUACAUUAUUUAAAAAAAGCUUUCCUACUUUAUAUACUUUGGCUGUUCUUUGGUGCUUUCAGAGACUAGAGAAUUAUUAUUGAGAAUAGUGGAAAAGGAUUUCCAUAACCUAAACAUAUAAAAAAGAUCAUUGGCAAGCAUUUAGUAUUUGUUACUGACGUUCCUUCUUUUUUCCUCAGUUUACUCUUCC